UGAUGACGCACACGGAAGCGUCGGCCCCUCCUGGAGAAAGAGGGACCUUCGCAGCUCAUUCCCAGAGGCCAACGGCGGUGGCGUUUACAGCCUGGGUCCGACAGCUCUCGUAGAGUCUCGGGCGUGAGGCCGGAGGCCCCAGUCCCUACGUGGACAGUGGUGAGUGAUAGCCCAUAGUCCCUUUCCCAGAGCCCAGAUGCCCAUCCAGCCUCCAGGCAAAGAAGCAGAAGAGAUGGAGGCAGAAGGCGACUCAGCAGCUGAGGUGAAUGGAGAGGCGGAUGAGAGCGAGGAGGAACGGAGCGGCAGCCAGACUGAGUCAGAGGAGGAGAGCUCAGAGAUGGAUGACGAAGAUUAUGAGCGGCGCCGCAGUGAGUGUGUCAGUGAGAUGCUGGACCUGGAAAAGCAGUUCUCAGAGCUGAAAGAGAAGUUGUUCAGGGAACGGUUGAGCCAGCUGCGUUUACGACUGGAGGAAGUGGGGGCUGAGAGAGCCCCAGAAUAUACAGAGCCUCUAGGAGGGCUGCAGCAGAGCCUAAAGAUCCGAAUCCAGGUGGCAGGAAUUUACAAGGGCUUUUGUCUGGAUGUGAUCAGGAAUAAAUAUGAGUGUGAACUCCAGGGAGCCAAACAGCACCUAGAGAGUGAGAAGCUGCUGCUGUAUGACACACUCCUUGGGGAGCUGCAGGAGCGGAUCCAGAGGCUGGAGGAGGACCGCCAGAGCCUAGACAUCAGCUCUGAGUGGUGGGAUGACAAACUACACGCCAGAGGCAGCUCAAAGACCUGGGACUCAUUGCCACCCAGCAAGAGGAAGAAGGCACCUCUCGUUUCUGGCCCAUACAUUGUAUACAUGCUGCAGGAGAUCGACAUUCUGGAAGACUGGACGGCUAUCAAAAAGGCCAGGGCAGCAGUGUCUCCUCAGAAGAGAAAACCAGAUGGACCCUGACACUGCAUUUCCACUCAGAGGGUCCUUGGAGCAGCUGGCACCACACACAGGACUAACAUUUUUCUGCAAAGGCAGGGGGUUGCCUGGUAGUCCUCCAGUGUUACUGCUGUCCCCUGACCAACACUGGCCUGGGCUCCUCUGCUCUCCUUGGGAUCUGCAUAGCCGUGACCCUGAAGCUGACCUGGCCAAGCAAGACUCCGUUCCUGCCCCCCCCCCAAGAGUAACUUCCUUUAUUGUCCCCCCAAUAAAGAUAGGCUUCAUAUGACAGCAGCAGCCCUCCCCACUGAGCCAGGAGCUGGGGAACUCUUGAGCCAGAAACAUGUUGGGGUCUUGCCCCUCCUAGCUAUCGCUGGAGAUGGCAUCUUCCCAGACUUUCUCAGGGCCAUUCCUGGUGUCUGCCUCCCAGAUUCUAAAGACUGGAAUAAAACUCAUCCUUGGACCUUGA